UGGAUCGGCGCCCCUGCCCGCGCGCCUCGGCGUUCUGCGAUACAAAACGGUAAUCAACCGUCUCGAGAUUUGAGCGAAGCCAGAAAGGUGGCCAACAAAAUAAGAAUAAGUCUUACUCGCCUAGAGCCUCGAGUAACUCUUUCGGGUCGCCGUGGUGAAUUCGCAGCCCCCUUUAUCGGACCUGCACAUGCGUCAGCCAGUGACAGCAGGCUGGCUUAGGCGAGGGGAGGAGGAGAAGGAGGAGGCUGCAGCUAAAAGAGCCGGAGGAUGCAUGCCACACAUUAGAUAUCCACUGAAAGACGGGAGCUGUUGACGGGGUGACCCCUGCGUGCAAGUCAUCUUGCUAUAAACAGAGGGGUGUGGAAAGCCAUUGGUCCGAGUGGAACUUGUUUACUAUUCUCUACCGCCGGGUUUAUUUAAAUAAACUUUGGUGCUUCGGGGGCGGCUUCUGCUACGAGCUACCGCCGUGGGGCCGCUGCUGCCUGCUGCGUUUUGCGCCGGACUCCGUGACACAUCUCAGCGCUGGUGGGAAGAGCGGGUUUCCACGGUACCUGACAUUAAACAAAAACCCGGAGAGCAAUUGAGCGAAAACGCAAAAAAAAAAAAAAAGAUUGAAGCCCGUCACUACCGGACUCAGCGUGGGAUCGUUGCGUAAUUUGUGUUUCACUGUGAGCGCGCAGUAAGAACGGAAAGGUUUCUGAUGCUCAAAGGAUAAUAAUUACUUCUGUUCGAAUGACACCGCUGUAAAGGUGAAGCAGUCCCACAGUGAGUCACAUGUUGCAGAAUCUUCCAGCGUCAGGUCUAUGGAAAUGCAGGACUUAGCUAGUCCUCACAAUCGAGUCAGCACCGGUGAUCCCUCCGCCUCCAAACUGGACAAGUCUAACCUGAGCACUGCUUCAAUUACGUCCAAUGGCACAGGAGGCGAGAACAUGACUAUUCUUAACACAGCUGAUUGGUUGCUGGGUUGCAGCACCUCCUCUUCCGCCUCAAGUAUGAAGGACUAUGUUAAAACGGAGCCAAUGAACAGCAGCGAAACCGCGACCACCACGGGGGACGGGGCCCUGGAGACCUACGCGGGCUCAGUAAUAACCAGUAGUGGUUACAGCCCAAGGUCUGCACACCAAUAUUCCCCUCCCAUUUACCCGUCCAAGCCGUACCCACACAUCCUGUCGACGCCGGCGGCCCAGUCGAUGACGGCCUACGCGGGACAGACCCAGUUUGGCGGCAUGCAGCAGUCCGCCGUGUACACCGCGUACUCCCAGACCGCCCAGCCCUACGGGCUCUCCACGUACGAUUUGGGGGUGAUGCUGCCGGGCAUAAAGACGGAAGGGGGGCUCGCCCAGACGCAGUCCCCCCUGCAGACGGGCCUGAGCUACAGCCCCGGGUUCAGCACCCCCCAGCCCGGCCAAACGCCCUACUCCCCCUAUCAGAUGGCAGGUUCCAGUUUCGCUCCGUCGUCGGGCAUUUACGCCAGCAACAAUUCCGCGUCCAACUCGGCGAACUUCAGCAGCUCACAGCAGGACUACCCUUCCUACACCGCCUUCAGCCAAAACCAGUACGCCCAGUACUACUCGGCCUCCACCUACGGCGCGUACAUGGCCUCCAACAGCAACGUGGACGGGACCGGCUCUGCUUCCUCCACCUAUCAGCUGCAGGACACGGUGCCCACCCUGACGGGACAGGCCGGUGAACUCCACCCAAGCGAAUUCGACACGGUGGCGAGCCCCAGCACCCCGAUCAAAGACCUGGACGACAGGACCUGCAGGAGCUCGGGGUCGAAAGCGCGGGGCAGGGGGAGGAAGAACAAUCCGUCACCGCCCCCUGACAGCGAUUUGGAGCGAGUGUUCGUCUGGGAUUUGGAUGAAACCAUCAUCGUGUUUCAUUCGCUUCUGACCGGAUCCUACGCACAGAAGUAUGGGAAGGAUCCCCCAAUGGCGGUGACCCUGGGCUUGCGCAUGGAGGAGAUGAUUUUCAACCUGGCGGACACACAUCUAUUCUUCAACGACUUAGAGGAAUGUGACCAGGUUCACAUUGAUGAUGUGUCUUCAGAUGAUAAUGGCCAGGACUUAAGUACUUACAGUUUUGCAACUGAUGGCUUCCAUGCAGCUGCAACAAGUGCAAGCCUCUGCCUAGCAACAGGCGUCCGAGGCGGGGUGGACUGGAUGAGGAAGUUGGCAUUUCGCUACCGAAGAGUAAAAGAGUUGUAUAGCACAUACAAAAACAAUGUCGGGGGGCUCCUAGGACCCGCCAAGCGGGACGCUUGGCUGCAGCUCCGCGCCGAAGUGGAGGCGCUCACGGACUCCUGGCUCACUAACGCACUUAAAUCACUGUCCAUCAUCAGCUCCAGAAGUAACUGUGUCAAUGUUUUGGUAACAACGACACAACUUAUACCGGCACUCGCAAAAGUACUGUUAUAUAGUCUCGGAGCUGCAUUUCCCAUUGAAAACAUCUACAGCGCAACCAAAAUAGGAAAAGAAAGCUGUUUUGAGCGUAUAGUGUCCAGGUUCGGCACUAACAUUACAUAUGUUGUCAUUGGCGAUGGGCGAGAUGAAGAACAUGCCGCUAGCCAGCACAAUAUGCCCUUCUGGAGAAUAUCAAGUCACUCUGAUCUACUGGCACUGCAUCAAGCACUGGAACUAGAGUACUUGUAAACGAACCGCAAGCUGGAAAUCCGUUUUUAUAUAUCUAUUUAAAAACAACAGUACACUGCAAUUUGUUUUUGUUUUUUCCCCCCACCCCCUCCUUCUUUUUGUCUGUGAUUUUGAACCUCUGGCUUUUAAAUGAUGAACUGUCUUAAGAAGACAAGGACUCUACAUGCGAGAGGGAGUUUGGACUGCCAGAUGCUAAACCCCCUUUGUGACGCUUCGUACAGCAGUACGUUGCAUUUUUUUUUUCUUUCGGAAGCAAGGGUGUGAAGGACGCUGUUCGUCGCAGCUCCAAACAGGAUGCUUCUCUCGUUUCCUUAAGAGGACACUUAUAGAUUGGGCUUAAAACCCCUGGACUUCUCCAAAGUGGAACCCACCCCUGAACUUUUUCAACAAAGCAUUUUACUGUACCUACUUACACCACUCCCCUGCCCCCCCAAGCAGAACUAGCAAUAGAUCUUCACUCUCAUUAAUGACAAUCAAGUCUAGAACUAUCAUGUGUAAAUUAUUUUACGUUUACUAGUUUAAUGUGGAAAUGGAUGUGUGUUUGAGAAUGAAAACUUAAUUGUCCUUUUUUUUUGUAAGGUUUUUUUUUUUGCUGAGGAGAAUGUGCAUAAGGAUUUGUUGUGCCUUAAAAAAAAGUUUGUGUGUUACAUUGUAAUUUUGUUUUUAAAAGUAUGUAGAUUAAAAAAAAACCCCUUUGUGAUAAGUUUUUUUUUUUUUUGACAUGACCAAAUUUGAUAUGAAUCUGAGUUGCAGUACUGAUUUGGAACAGCAGGGGGUAGUCAGCUGAAGCAAAGUUCAGAAUAAAGCAGUUUGUGUUCAGUCC